AUGGAAUCUGCACCGCUUUUUAAUAUUAACAGUGGUCUUACUAAUACGCCAUCAGUAACACCGAUAAAACCUCGCUUAGGGCGGUUUGUUGAUGUUUAUUCGCCGGAGCACCUAAAUUUAACUCCAAAGACAAAGCCGCAAUUUGGCACUCCAAUCACCAAUGAAAAACAUAAAUUCUCUACACCUAAAGCUUCUUCAAAUAUUGACAAGAAAUGCAGGACUGUCAAAGCUAAUCACAAGUUGCAAAAUGUCUGGAGCAAUUACUCCUUUGAGGGUAACCAGAGUUUUCCUAAUCUAAAACGACACAUCAGGCCCAUCAAGAUGGAUCUGGAAACUUCAACUAAAAUAAAAAAUUCAGUGGAUUUAGUUAGAGUUGAUGGACCUAAUGGUCUACGAUUCAACACUUCCUUGGUAGCUGGAGAAGUCUCUAGCUCUCCAGCGCAAUCCCAAACUGACAGACUGCAACAGAAUAUAAGCAGCAAAGCAAUCUUUACUAUUGAACCAAAUACUACAAAGAUUCUCAUUGUUAACAACAAGGCAUGUUCCCUCCUGGGAUAUUCAUCUGGUGAAUUAUGCGACCUUUGCUUCUCGGAUUUACUUCACAAUCGAUCUAGUCAAAAGAAAUUUAGUUUACAUGCAGCAGAAGAUGGGGACACAUCCGAAGAUGGUACAGCAAUAUUACUUGGAGGAAAAGUUCUGGAAUUGUUGUCUAAAGAUGGCACUGCUGUCCAAGUAUCAUUGUGGAUUCGACAACUGGAUAAUGAUGGACCUUGCCUGGUAGUUGCAGAGCCAGUCAACUGCAAAACUGUCAUUUUCACAAUAGAAGCCGACACUGGUAUCAUAACUAAUUGUGAAGGUUCCGAUGCUGGUCUUCUAUUUCAAGCAGAAUCCUGUGAAAAGCUCGUAGGAAUUCCAAUAGCGUCUUUGAUUCCAUCCAUACAACUACCACCAUUUGAUCUAGGCAUACCGAAGAAUUUAGCUAAACAGAAAGCAACAGGAAGGACACUGGACGGCUAUUCAUUCCCUCUGUGUUUGUGGAUUUCAAAACCUGAACCAAGUUUAUCAGUUUCAACAACAAAAGUCAAAGAACAUCCACUGUAUGAAGUCAAUGUUAGGGUUACAUAUAAUGUAAGUGGACUACUAGUGGUAGAUGAAUUUGGUAUAAUAACAGCAUGCAAUCAACAUUUCGCCCAACUGACCUUCGGCAAGCCGCAGUCAGAAGUUAUAGGCCAUCACAUUGAGGAUGUUAUACAAAAUUUUUGCAGGGAGAGUGACCUGGUUAAAGUACAGGAAAAUAAUAGAAACAUGACCUUAUCUCCUGUGAACAACGAAAAUGAUGGUUCAGUUUCAGACACGGACGAGGAUUCUUGUGGAGCAUUUAAUGGAAGUCAAAAGUCUGCUUGCAUAUCACUAAACGUGCAGCCGUCUUUACUCUCAACUACAAGAGAAAAGUCCUCCAGUGCCCUCUACUUGGACAAGUCCAGCAGUUUAAUCACGCACACACCGACACCCACUCAAGACAUGGUCUCAAGUCUCAGCACUGAACAACGAAACGAUACAUCGGCCCUUCCUGAUAUAACGUCGGGCAUGUCGGGCAUAUCUAUAGACGAAGACAAUUAUUGCCAAAGCUCGAUAUCAAAAUCUCGAUCAGAAAAUCUACUUCGUUCAGAGCAGAGUCACCCCAUAAAGCAGUUAGGGAAACCAUCGGAGAAAUCUGACUCCAUCUAUUACACAUCUCAACACUCCCAAGAAGUGACCCCGACGGGGAGCUCCCCUAAGACUAGAUUGAAUGACCCAUCGUUGAGACUGUCUCUGGAUUCGAAUAAGUGUAAAAAGGGGAAGGAGGAUCGAAGUAGUGUGUCGUUGGAUUUCUGUGACUCGAAUGAGACAAGCGCGGACUUUUUGACGCCGAUCAAUGAGAUGCCGCCAUCUGGGUGUGAAAUUGAGGAUCUGCCCCACCAUAAUGGGAAUGAAAGUGUUGACAGCUUAAGCAAUGACAUUGAUCUGGAGACGCAAACUGAGUCGGCGCCGCGGAAGAAGUAUGAAGAUGAUCUUCCCGGGACGUCAUGUGUAGCAAAGAAAGCGCUUCGCAGUCACGUGACCACAUCGACUCCGACGCACUCCCGCAACAGCAAACCGGAGUACGACUAUCGACAUAAGGACGGGACUUAUCGCGGCAUAGUGUUACAUAAAGAUGGCACAGAGCUUAAUGUCGUAUACACAGUGUCUAGUAUGCAGUUAGCGAGUGGUCGUAGCGUUCGGUGUGUUUGGCUCGGCGUGAGACGCGAAGAUGCACCGCGUCAUGCCACCCUCGCUUCCAGCCUAAACUCUACCGCUGACAAUUCCCUAGUUCUUGGCAAUAAAUCUGUGAGUAGCAGACCUCAAUCAAUGUCGCUGAUGAGCCAAUGUGGAGAGGAACAAAUCAGUGGUGAAUACAGCAAGCACUAUGUCACACUCAAGCAGAUUGGUAAAGGCGCGUACGGUUGCGUUAAAAUGGCAUACAGAAAAUCGGAUCGCCUUCUCGCUGUGGCCAAGUUUAUAUUAAAAGAAAAAGUUGGCGCGCAGUUUUGGGUAGACGGACCGGACGGAAGGAAGGUGCCCCUAGAACUGAGCUUAUUGAUGACGCUAAAACAUCCAAAUAUCGUGAGUGUUAUUGACAUGUUUGAAAACGAAAAGUACUUCCAAAUGGUGAUGGAGAAACAUGGUGCUGGCAUGGACCUCUUUGAAUUUAUAGAACGGAGACCGAGACUUGACGAGCCGCUGGUGUCUUACAUAUUUAGGCAGAUAGGUCAAGCGGUAGAGUAUCUUCAUUCCUUGAACAUCCUACACCGUGACAUUAAAGAUGAGAACGUGAUCAUAGACAAUAAGUUUCACGUGAAACUAAUAGACUUCGGUUCAGCGACUUUCAUGAGUAAGGAUAUGCUGUUCUCUACUUUCUAUGGAACCACAGAGUACUGCAGUCCGGAAGUUUUGGCGGGAAAUAAGUAUGCAGGUCCCGAGUUGGAGAUGUGGUCAAUGGGAAUAACGCUGUACGUGUUAACGUUUUUCGUUAACCCCUUCUCUGACAUCGAGGACACGAUACACGGCCCCCUCUCCUUUCCGCAACUUGUUUCUGAAGAUCUAGAGCACUUACUUCGUUGGAUGCUGUGCAAAGAACCGAUGCAGCGCUGCACAGUUCCUCAGCUGAUGGCUCACUCUUGGAUCAAGCAGCCAGUUAACAUGGCCCAAUAUGUUUUCCAGGAUAUCGUUGAUUGUGAUCGUCACGAAGCUAACCCGGAGAUGUACUUCAGUGGUAGCGUAUCCCCGCGCAGCGGUUCCCCUGUAUCGCUUGCUGACCCCCUUGUUAAAGAACGUUCGAAUCCAUCUGAAUUUGCAGCGCGUUCGGAGGGUAAGAACGUGUCGAAAGACGAACGCAAACGCGAUCCACAUUCCGACAAUUACAGCUUACGCUCUUCUGCUGACAUUCUCGAUAUAUCAUCGAAGCCAGUAUCAGACGCUGCUUUAACCGACAUUAGCUCGGAUGCCACUGGACACGCUGCUUGCGACAUCGACUACGAUUGUGAACAUUAUGACUGCGACAGCUGGGACGAGUGCGAGCCAGACAGCUUUUCAUAG